AACCUGGAUAUUUGCCGGCACUGGCAUAGAAUACCUUGUCUGUUAUUCCCCGGAAUCGAAGUGUUUGUUUGCAUUUGUGGGUUUCCUUGAAUCUGACUUGUUGGCCGAGGGCCUCUCCAAUGCGUUCCAACGUGAAAGGGUUGUUUCGCGAAUCUGAUUUCGAGCAAGUCAGCUCCCUCCUAAUAGUUCCUGCUUUCGGCGCCGCAACCUGCAAGGCUCUGGUCGAGGACACAAAGAGAUAAUUAUUCAGAUGUAACAGUGAAUCGAAUCUGUCGUUAUUUAAACUCGCUACGAUGUAUGAGAUAGAUGUUCUUAAGGCCAGUCAGUUUCUUCGGGCUUCCUCUCCAUCUCUGUCUGCUACUUGCUUUGCCUUCCUAUCGCACUCACCGACAUGGCAGCGACGUCAAAGAAUGCCCGCAUCAUUGCGCAGGUCUGGCAAAGCGGCGUACCCGUGCCGUGGUGUGACGAGUUUGAGAAGAUGAUCUCCGGCAUGAAUUUCAAAGCCGCAAAUUCCCAGCUCAUGCUGGACCACAAAUUGGUUACCCGCAGACGCCUGAAAGCGUUCAAUGAUGAUUCCAUCCCGGAUGGCAGUACGCUCGAUUCGCUGAAGAGCCACCGCAUGUCAUUUGCCAGGCAAAUCUUUGGGCGGCUUGGAAGUGACACCAAUAUUGAGCCAUUGCUCUUCUGUACCUGGGGCUGCAAUACUUUCAUCGGUGAUGACUGUUAUAUCAAUCGCAACAUAUCAAUCUUCGACAGUGCUCCAGUCACGAUUGGCAAUCGAGUUCUCAUCGGGCCAGGUACAUGCAUCUGCACCGACACUCAUGAGGUCGAGUAUGCGUCAAGAAUGGAAAGCAACAGCGGGUCAUUUGCCAAGGCAAUCAAAAUUUGCGAUGACUGCUGGAUCGGAGCUCGUAAGUACAGCGAAGCGGAGUGAAAUAUUUUUCUUGACACCGAUGGAUUCAUGAGUUGUGGAUGCUUCUAUUCCUCAGCUAAGUU